CAGCUGCCGCUGCUGGCGGCUGCGGGGAGCGCGGGGAGCGCGCCGAAGAGGCUCGGGCGGCGAGGACGGGGACGAGGAGGAGCCGGAGGAGGCGAGGAGGAAGAACGAGCGGAGGCCGAGGAGGCUCAGCGGCGUGGAGACGCGGCUCAGGGAUCCCGGGGGGGCAUGAGCUAGCGGCCGGGGCGGCCCGGCAGCCAGACGCGGCGGACCUUCCGUGGCCCGACGCGUGCAGGGGCGGCGAGCCGGAGCCGAGCGCAGCCGGGCACGGCAGGCUGAUGCGGGGGCGUCCCGGAGGAGGGGGGCUGAUCACCCAUUAUUAACUAGUUGCCGCCUAAUAAGCCAGGAGCGGCGGGUGAGCGGCGCCAGCUGCGCUCGGGGAGGGUCCCGGUCCGGAGCGCAGCGCACUCGCGUGGCGCACGGCGGGCCGGCGCGCUGAGCCGGGGCGGGCCCGGGGGCAGCGCAGACCCCGGGCGCGGGCGGCCCGCGGCGCCCCCUGGCUCUCGGCGCUCGGGGCCGGCGUAGCCCCGGGCGAGCGGGGCGCGGGCCGGGGCGGGGAGCUGCCCGCGCGCUCCAUCCCCUCCCCCCCGGCGGGCGGCCGGGGGGAGGGCGGGCGGCGGCGGCCCGCCGUAUAUAUCUCGGCGCACCCCGCCAGGUCGCGCACAGCGCCCCGAGCCCAGGCGCCUCCCCGCCCCCUCCCCGCGCUCCGCGGCGGCGGCGGCGGCAGCAGUAGCAGCAAUAUGGCUGUUGAUGGGUGUUCGGGGUGGCGCUGGCGGCGGGAGGAGCUCCCCCGAGCCCCUGCGCCGGCUGCCCGUUGCUAGCUAUGGCAAAUGGUGGCGGCGGCGGCGGCGGCAGCAGCGGCGGCGGCGGCGGCGGCGGCGGAGGCAGCAGUCUUAGAAUGAGUAGCAAUAUCCACGCGAACCAUCUCAGCCUAGACGCGUCCUCCUCCUCCUCCUCUUCCUCCUCCUCUUCUUCCUCCUCCUCCUCUUCCUCCUCGUCCUCGGUCCACGAGCCCAAGAUGGAUGCGCUCAUCAUCCCGGUGACCAUGGAGGUGCCGUGCGACAGCCGGGGCCAGCGCAUGUGGUGGGCUUUCCUGGCCUCCUCCAUGGUGACUUUCUUCGGGGGCCUCUUCAUCAUCUUGCUCUGGCGGACGCUCAAGUACCUGUGGACCGUUUGCUGCCACUGCGGGGGCAAGACGAAGGAGGCCCAGAAGAUUAACAAUGGCUCAAGCCAGGCGGAUGGCACUCUCAAGCCAGUGGACGAAAAAGAGGAGGCAGUGGCAGCUGAAGUCGGCUGGAUGACCUCUGUGAAGGACUGGGCGGGGGUGAUGAUAUCUGCCCAGACACUGACUGGCAGAGUCCUGGUUGUCUUAGUCUUUGCUCUGAGCAUUGGUGCACUUGUAAUAUACUUCAUAGAUUCGUCAAACCCAAUAGAAUCCUGCCAGAAUUUCUACAAAGAUUUCACAUUACAGAUCGACAUGGCUUUCAACGUGUUCUUCCUUCUCUACUUUGGCCUGCGGUUUAUUGCAGCCAACGAUAAGCUGUGGUUCUGGCUGGAAGUGAACUCUGUGGUAGAUUUCUUCACGGUCCCCCCAGUGUUUGUGUCUGUGUACUUAAACAGAAGUUGGCUUGGUUUGAGAUUUUUAAGAGCUCUCAGACUGAUACAGUUUUCAGAAAUUUUGCAGUUUCUGAAUAUCCUUAAAACAAGUAAUUCCAUCAAGCUGGUGAAUCUGCUCUCCAUAUUUAUCAGCACAUGGCUAACAGCAGCGGGGUUCAUCCAUUUGGUGGAGAAUUCAGGGGACCCAUGGGAGAAUUUCCAGAACAACCAGGCUCUCACGUACUGGGAAUGUGUCUACUUACUCAUGGUCACCAUGUCCACUGUUGGCUAUGGGGACGUUUACGCAAAAACCACGCUCGGACGCCUUUUCAUGGUCUUCUUCAUCCUCGGGGGACUGGCCAUGUUUGCCAGCUACGUCCCUGAAAUCAUAGAAUUAAUAGGAAACCGCAAGAAAUACGGGGGCUCCUAUAGUGCGGUUAGUGGAAGAAAGCACAUUGUGGUCUGCGGACACAUCACUCUGGAGAGUGUUUCCAACUUCCUGAAGGACUUCCUGCACAAGGACCGGGAUGAUGUCAAUGUGGAGAUCGUCUUUCUUCACAACAUUUCCCCUAACCUGGAGCUUGAGGCUCUGUUCAAACGACAUUUUACUCAGGUGGAAUUUUAUCAGGGUUCAGUCCUCAAUCCACAUGAUCUUGCAAGAGUCAAGAUAGAGUCAGCAGACGCAUGCCUCAUCCUUGCCAACAAGUACUGCGCUGACCCUGAUGCUGAAGACGCCUCCAACAUAAUGAGAGUAAUCUCCAUAAAGAACUACCACCCGAAGAUAAGAAUCAUCACUCAGAUGCUACAGUAUCACAACAAGGCCCAUCUGCUAAACAUCCCGAGCUGGAACUGGAAAGAGGGAGAUGAUGCAAUCUGCCUUGCGGAGCUGAAGCUGGGGUUCAUAGCCCAGAGCUGUCUGGCUCAAGGCCUCUCCACCAUGCUCGCCAACCUCUUCUCCAUGAGGUCAUUCAUAAAGAUUGAGGAAGACACGUGGCAGAAAUAUUACUUGGAAGGAGUCUCAAAUGAAAUGUACACAGAAUAUCUCUCCAGUGCCUUCGUGGGUCUGUCCUUCCCUACCGUUUGUGAGCUGUGUUUUGUGAAGCUCAAGCUCCUGAUGAUAGCCAUUGAGUACAAGUCCGCCAACCGGGAGAGCCGAAGCCGAAAGCGUAUAUUAAUUAACCCUGGAAACCAUCUUAAGAUCCAAGAAGGCACUUUAGGAUUUUUCAUCGCAAGUGAUGCCAAAGAAGUUAAACGGGCAUUUUUUUACUGCAAGGCCUGUCACGAUGACAUCACAGAUCCCAAAAGAAUAAAAAAAUGCGGCUGCAAACGGCUGAUAUAUUCCAAGAUGUCCAUCUACAAGAGAAUGAGACGGGCAUGUUGUUUUGAUUGCGGACGCUCUGAGCGUGACUGCUCAUGCAUGUCAGGCCGUGUGCGUGCUAACAUGGACACCCUUGAGAGAACCUUCCCACUUUCUUCUGUCUCUGUUAAUGAUUGCUCCACCAGUUUCCGUGCCUUUGAAGAUGAGCAGCCAUCAACACUGUCCCCCAAAAAAAAGCAGCGGAACGGAGGCAUGCGGAACUCACCGAGCUCCUCACCCAAGCUGAUGAGGCAUGACCCCUUGUUAAUUCCCGGCAAUGAUCAGAUUGACAACAUGGACUCCAACGUGAAGAAGUAUGACUCUACUGGCAUGUUUCACUGGUGCGCACCCAAGGAGAUAGAGAAAGUCAUCCUGACUCGAAGCGAAGCUGCCAUGACCGUCCUGAGCGGCCACGUCGUGGUCUGCAUCUUUGGUGAUGUCAGCUCAGCCCUGAUUGGCCUCCGGAACCUGGUGAUGCCACUCCGUGCCAGCAACUUUCAUUACCACGAGCUCAAGCACAUCGUAUUCGUGGGCUCCAUUGAGUACCUCAAGCGGGAAUGGGAGACGCUUCAUAACUUCCCCAAAGUGUCCAUAUUGCCUGGUACGCCAUUAAGUCGGGCUGAUUUAAGGGCCGUCAACAUCAACCUCUGUGACAUGUGCGUUAUCCUGUCAGCCAAUCAGAAUAAUAUUGAUGAUACUUCGCUGCAGGACAAGGAAUGCAUCUUGGCGUCACUCAACAUCAAAUCUAUGCAGUUUGAUGACAGCAUCGGGGUCUUGCAGGCUAAUUCCCAAGGGUUCACACCUCCAGGAAUGGACAGAUCCUCUCCAGAUAACAGCCCAGUGCACGGGAUGUUACGUCAACCAUCUAUAACGACUGGGGUCAACAUCCCCAUCAUUACUGAACUAGUGAACGAUACUAACGUUCAGUUUUUGGACCAAGAUGAUGAUGAUGACCCCGACACAGAACUGUAUCUCACGCAGCCGUUUGCAUGUGGGACAGCAUUUGCAGUCAGCGUCCUGGACUCGCUCAUGAGUGCGACAUACUUCAAUGACAAUAUCCUGACUCUGAUCCGGACCCUUGUGACCGGGGGAGCCACGCCCGAGCUUGAGGCUCUGAUUGCUGAGGAGAAUGCACUUCGAGGGGGCUACAGCACCCCCCAGACGCUGGCCAACAGGGACCGCUGCCGUGUGGCCCAGUUAGCGCUGCUGGAUGGACCCUUUGCAGACUUGGGGGAUGGUGGUUGUUAUGGUGAUCUGUUCUGCAAAGCUCUGAAAACGUAUAAUAUGCUUUGUUUUGGAAUUUACCGGCUGAGAGAUGCUCACCUCAGCACCCCCAGCCAAUGCACGAAGAGGUAUGUCAUCACCAACCCCCCGUACGAGUUCGAGCUCGUGCCGACAGACCUGAUCUUCUGCUUGAUGCAGUUCGACCACAACGCCGGCCAGUCCCGGGCCAGCCUCUCCCAUUCCUCCCACUCGUCCCAGUCCUCCAGCAAGAAGAGUUCCUCCGUGCACUCCAUCCCGUCCACGGCAAACCGACAGAACCGACCCAAGUCCCGGGAGUCCCGAGACAAACAGAAUGCAACAAGGAUGAAUAGAAUGGGCCAAGAAAAGAAAUGGUUUACAGAUGAACCGGAUAAUGCCUAUCCCAGAAACAUUCAAAUCAAGCCCAUGAGUACCCACAUGGCUAACCAGAUCAACCAAUAUAAAUCCACAAGCAGCUUGAUUCCACCAAUCAGAGAAGUUGAAGAUGAAUGUUGACUCCCAGGAGACCAGAACUAUUUUUUUAAAGCCUGACAAACUUCAUAAAUGGUGACGUGACUUUUCUUCCUCUUACAUGCUGAAUCACUGGUGGAGACGUUAGGAUAAGUGAGAAUUGCAAGAAAAAUAAAGUAGACAGAUCGUUCUCUUUGUCUGCCUUGAAUAUUGCUUCCAUGUAUUUUGGAAAAGAAAAUGAUUUCAUUUAUAAAUGAACAUACUAAAAUAGUCAUGUAUAGCCUCUAGCAUUUUAAAUUAUUUUUAUUUAUUAGAAAGAAAUAUAUUUUUUCUUUUCUUUUUUUCAUUGUCAAAUAUCUUCCCUGUAUCUAAACAAUGCAAAAUCAACAUGAGUAAGUGGCCAGACUCCUUAAUACAUCUUUCUCUUCUUUCUCUCUUUUCCUUUGAGGAGAAUGAUGGUCACCACCACAAUUAAUUGUAAUGAAGGCCAAUGGAUUACUAAAACAAUUUUCAAAUUGUCCAAUGAUGUAAACAUGUAUUUUAGUAAAUUCAUAAAAGAAGACAAAAAAGGGGGCAGGUGAAUUUCCUGGAUGGGUGUUGUAUCUUAGCUGCACUGACACCAGCUCUUAAUAAAUGGAAACUUAUUUAUUUUCUCAGUUGAAAGUCAUAUUUUUGUAGCUUUAGUUUUUUCUGUAUUGCUCAUCCCUUUGUUCGUAUAUUUGAAGGAAAGACUUUCUUGCAGCUUUUCUACAAUUACCAGAUGAGGUUGAUCCGGCCAAUGAACAAUGCCAGGAUGGUUGUGAGCACGCCUGGGACAUUGAUGUUGAGGACUAGAUAACACAUGAGAUACUGCUCCGUUUGUUGUGUGAAUGGUGGGGACUCCUCCAUGCGGUUAUGCUUCCCAUUUCCUAGGUCCAAACCACCCUCACAAGUACAGGAAUUUCAAUUCUGGAAGGGUUUGGUGGACUUUUUCCCCACGCUCCAAGUCUCAGAGCUUUUAGCCUGAAAGUGUGUAAACACCAGUGGAUAGUUUCACUUCACAACAGGAUAUGAUAACACGUUCGUUCUUUUUGAUGAGUUUUUGGUUAAAAGCCAGAAACAUUUUCACGAUCAAGGAGACUACUUUUGCCCAGAUUUCAUUUUAUUUUUUCAGGCUUUCCUUUAGUUGUUGGGACAAAACACACAAACUUGCUGCAACGGUGUAAAACAUAAUAGCGACAAAAGGGAAAGCAAUGAAUGCACUCAAUCCUGACUGUUAGAAAAGGCCUUUGAAAAUGACCGGCAAUGAAAUCAAAUGUCUCAGCCACUUCCAACUGUGCUCAAAGAUUUUUCUAGCCAUCAGACACAAUUACCAAGUCUCAGAGCUCUGCCGUGGCUUGCAUGCUUGGUGUCUAGUCGUCCCGGCAACUGUUACGUUCCAAACAAUUUAGCAAAUCUUUCAACUUCAAAAUGAUCAAUCUUUUAUAUAGUCAUCAGGGUCUAUGGAGAAGCAUGGAUGUGAUAGUGAUUUUUCUUUUCUUAAAAAUGUAAACUGUGGACACUUGAAGAAACCAAACUUACCAAAAUAUCCCCCCCAAAGUCCCAUGAUAUCUCCUCCAUUAAUUCUUUAGGCCAUGACCCUGUGGUACUUAGGAUAUUAGUGCAGCUCAGAUCAGAGCCAAGCAAUGAAAUCACCAUGAAAACAUAAGUCCACUAAGUACUCCAAUGACCAGUGUAGGCAAAAUGAGCUUCUGCCCCUGUCUACUCCCUGCAGAGCCCAUGUAGUCGUGCUUCUGCCCUAUAGGCACUGUCCUGAAGUGACUUGUCAGACUGUGGUUACCCUGUUGUCACAUUUUGUAGAAGUAGUUCUAUAAAAGUAUCGUGAAUAUAAUGUACGUCCAAUUGGAUUGUUAAAAAACUACUUAUAACCAAUCACUAGUCUACUAAAA